GAGUACUACUCUCGUGAUUGAAAACAUAGGACAUCAACGUGUAUGUACCGGUAACGAGUAAUCUCUGUCAGGGAGAUGUAGAUAAACUUACCUGUCAGAAGUUGUAGUAAUACAACAACACCAGGUAGGGUAUACGCCAUUACUGAGAUUACGAAUCAGGAGGAUAACACCCGGGACAAUGUCGAGUUACCAUCCGGUUAUGAAGAUAAAGUCGAAGAUCACCGAAGAAGUGGACGAUAUGUAUAGUGUCCACGGCCAUGCUGGCAAUUUAUGUCGUGUGGAAAUUUUAGAAUGUCUAAGAACAAUAAUCAAGUCAAGGCCAGCAUAUCAGACAGGACAACCAGUAAGCAUAGCAGAUUUUGGAACUGCAGACGGACGCGCUUCUCUUUCCCUCUUCAAUGAAAUGAUAGAUAUCAUACAGACAGACCUGGGGAAGGAACAAGAUGUCAUUGUGUACUACAACGAUCAGCCCAUGAACGACUUCAAUCUUCUAAGCAAAGUAAUCCAAGGCAAAAGACAAUACUCUGGACUAACGUGUGUCACUAACGUCUACCCAAUGAUCGUCCCUCGGACUAUGUUUGCACAGUGUAUCCCUGAAAAUACUCUGGACCUUGCGAUGUCUGCUGUAGCUACGCAUUAUUUGUCUAAAAAAGUUUGUCAAAUCAAAAAUGGUGUAUUCCUAACUGAGGCAGAUGAUAUUGAACGAGGUUUGAUGAGAGAACAAGCCAGGGCUGAUUGGAGGUCUUUUGUGAUUUCAAGGGGACGGGAGCUAAAACCGGGGGGGUUUCUCGUCACGAUGAACAUAUCAUCAGACGAAAAUGGCGAGGCAUCGUUACUAGUCGACAAGGGACUCCUCCAAAUGGGAAGCAUGGUGUCGGAUAUGGCAAGAGAAGGCGUUAUAACACAGGAAGAAUAUCUGGCAACAAACUAUAAUAGCUAUUAUCUGAGAACGGCAGCUGAUUUUAAGGAGCCAUUUACCAGUGGUAUACCUGAGGUAGGGGAACUUGGACUGGAACUGGUGUCAGUGAAAUCAAUGAGACACUAUCUUAAACACCCAACAUUCGAUAUUGUCAACAAAGAUGAGGCAGAAAAGCUGGAAUAUUCCCGCGGUAUAGUUGCUACAGUCUACCCAUGGAUGCAUCACGUUUUACACGAGGGAUUGUCCGUUUCCCGAACGGAGGACGAGAAACAGAUGAUUAUUGAUCAAUACUUCAACAGAUUACAGACGUAUGCGUUCGACAAUUCUGAUCACAAACCAUACAUACACUUCACAGGGGUCGUCAUAAAAAAUGUACAUUGAAUCAAUAACACAGAAGUGCUUAUUUUGCCACAAUAUAUUCUUUAUACGUGUAAGCAUAAUCAGCCCGAAAUCACCCGUCACGUUAACCUAUACGUGGAAUAUAUCUUCAGGUACACGCCAAGACACACCAGGAAUUUCUCAACCUCUUUAAACUUCAGUGAUCCCUUUUAUUAAACCAUCUUUUUGGCUUUUAUCAACAUGCUAAUAUGACAGUUCAAUAUGGACUCACGAGAGAGGGGUAAAGUUUUGUUCUAAAAGUUCCAAUGUUGAUUAAAAUCAUAUUAGUGGGAAUACAAGUCAAUUAUAUGAUGAAACAAGUAACACCAAAUUUUGGUUCUAGCCUUAGAAAACUUGAACUCUGUUUAAAAAAAUCUAACAUAUAAAUUAAACUUCGCUAUAACUAUGGAAAACCAUAACUGUCUUUUAUGUUUUAACUACAUUGUAUAUUUUCAAUUACUAUCGCAUGAAAACCUACCGGAAUUCGCCACCGGGCACACCGUUUUAUCUAUCUACCUCGAAUGUCAAUGGCCACUCUGAUAUCAAUUCUAUAAUAAGCCUUUAUCGUUAUUUGACAUAUGUAAAAACGGUGUGUUCUCCUUUCUCCCACUUUUAAAAAAAAAAAAGCAUAGAGGCAGUAAUGUUGUGAUAGCAGUUAUAGUCUGUUUCGUAUCUAUUUUAACCUGGUUUUUACCUGUAUUCUCCCACAUUACCUGUAUAAUAUAUACAGUCCUGUCAUAUACAUGUAGCUUUGAUAUAGUCUAUUUUUAUCAUUUAUUUCCUUAUAAUAUACCAUUUUCAUCACCUAGAUCAAUACAAAACAAUAACGUGAA